AUUAGCCUUGCGUGACAUAAUGGCCUUUAGCAUGAUCGUGUAUAUCUUUGCUGGCACGAUGCCUUCUUAGCCCUUAAAUGUUCUGCUACACUCCUACCCGAAAAUCAAAUCUUUCACCUUCAUCAGCGAUCCCACAGACUUCGAGAACCCUCUUAUAUUACUCACCGGAAACGCAAAGCCACUCCUGCCAAAGGUCUCUGGCUAUUCUUACUUAGCAACACAAAAUGCGUCGAAUUCUUCGAUCGAUGCAGGCAGCGAUGAGACCUGCCUGGAAGCAUCCUCUCUUCACGAUAUCUCAAAGACUCAAGCUUGCGAUGUACCACUGGCUGAUACUCAGGCCAUACUCUCAAAAUGCCAUUGUGGUGAGACUGACAGAGCCCCGUCUUGGCCGAUAAAUCCGAGCCCGGGCUUCAGACGAGUUUGGUGCGCAAGGUACGGAGUAGGCUCACCACUGCUCACUAACUUAGGCUCACGGCCUCGGCACAAUACUACGUACACUCAGCACGCUAACCAUCACGCGAGAAAAUGGACCACAAAAAGUCGUGAGCCUCGCUGGAGUGGGAGACUAAGGUAGGCCGUACCCGCCAAUACGGCCCUCGUCACACCACCACUUGGUCGGACCACCUCCAGCUUCCUCUCAUAUUCCACGACACGUGGUACAACGCAGGGUCUGCUGUCGCGACUGUUUUCCACCAUGGCGACGUAUCUCUGGGGGUUCUGGCCCAACUAGCCCCGUGCUGGUGCUAUACCCAUUGUCUGUCCACUCAUAGUACACGACCGAAACUCGGAAAUCAUACGAUGUACACCCGCUUAUACCGUAGCUAUGCUACUGAAAGGGAAAUUGUGUACUUAGCAGAACCCUCAAGACACUUCAUAUGCCCUACGGGCCCCAGCAGAAGCGAUAACAACGAAAAGUUCCAACUCUGAUAUUUGAAUACAAUGGACAAGUCGCAGCGCUCCAGCCCCAAGCCUAUCGCAACCAGAACGUCAACGAAGCCUCAACACCACACAAUGGCUUCUGUUAUCUCGCCAAUUCUUGGCUCAGACAUGCAAUAUUUUGCAUACAAGAUAGGCAACAUUUCCAAGUCAAAGAUUGAGAAAGAAGCCCACAAAGCCGAGCCCCGCCUUCACAAGCUUGUCGGCCAUUGCUCACUAUUCGACAAUGCAAGAAAAUAUAUACUCGACCGCAUGCAUCAUGAAGAGGAGCAUGCUCAUUACGCCCAAGAAGACGACAAAGACGAGCCAUCAUUCCAAUAUGUCGAAGACCUAGAAGACGAGGAACCGACCUACAAAACAUCCAACUUUCACGGUGGCCUGAAAGGUGUACUUGUGAUGAAAGCAACCGAGAUCGCGGCAGAAGACUACGACGAUCUGGAGUGGGAUGACGACAGCGACUCUACCGAAGCUGACGACGAUGAGGAAGACAACUGGAGCGACUCAACCUGCGAGGAGGAGCCUCAGGACUUGUACUCCGAUCGCAAGAUCGUCGACAUCUGCGGGGCCAGCCAACCAAGAUACCGACCCCAAGAUGAUGACCUGAUGCUAUGGUCACAGCAACCUCAAGUCAUGACUCAGAGUCAGGCUAAUAGUCUGCUCAUCGAAGCAUUUGGCUGAGUGAGCCUUUGGGCCUUUCAGUAUGAUUUCCAGGCUCUUCUUUCUAAGCAAGGCGCUGGGUGGCUUUUUGACCCCGACAUGACUUAUGACUUGUUUGGCAGACUUCGAUGUUGGCCAUUGAUUAGUGUUAGUUAGUCUAUGAUACCCAGAUUUGUCUGUUGUUUCAAAUGAUACUAGCCAUUUUAUUAUUGACACUGCUUCAGCACAUCAAAGAAUCACAUCUCUUGUCCUAUCAA